GAGUGUGCUACAUCUGUUCACCGCAUGCACACCCUUGCUUGUCAACAGCUAAAACCUGUUCUAACUGGGACAGCUCAACCUGGGAUUUGAUUUCAUUGUUUUACAUUUGAUUUCAUCUUCAUCCAUCUGCAGAUAUGACUAUCAGAACAGCCCGUCCAAACCGGGGACAACAUUUCUGGCCCCGUUUAUAUUGCCUCCAAAAGCUGGAGUCCAUUUUGCUGGAGAUGCAGGACCCAAAAAGUGGAGUUAAAGGCUCAGAGCAGAAGCUCAAUGUCACUACCAUCCCACAUGUAAUUACUGGUAAUGACAUAAUUACUUGGAUUACCAAUAAAAUGAUGAUCACUACAGAAGAGGCUCAGGCCUUCAGCACCAUGUUAGUGGCUUAUGGUUAUAUCUACCCUCUGCAGAACCAUAAGAAGUUGGUCAUGUGCAACAACAACAGCCUGUACCGCUUCCAGACCCCUUACUUCUGGCCAACACAGAAAUGGGUUCCAGAGGACUCUGAUUAUGCCAUUUACCUGGCAAAGAGGAACAUCCGGAAGAAGGGCAUGCUUGAACCAUACGAACAGGCGCAUUACAACCACCUCCAUGAAUGGCUGAACCACAAAUGGGAUUUUAUUGUGAUGCAAGCCACUGAACAGUACAAGGCCGGUAAAGAGAGGAAGAAGCCGGAUCGUGUGGUGUUUGACUGCCAGGAGAGGGCUUACUGGAUUGUGAACAGGCCUCCGCUUCGUACUCAGAGUGCUAUGGACUGUGGUCCAGAGCGGCUUAUUGACCCAAACACUGAUCAGAAAACCACCUUUGACAUGUAUAGACGCAAGAACAUGUUCUAUCAACAAGCCAUCAUGAGGUCCAAGGUCAAAUCUAGUGUCUCUCUGGGAGCAUUGGUCAAAUACAUCACAACCUACAAAAACCAUGACCCAUUCCUGGCUUCCUGUCUACCCAGCAACCCCUGGCAAACAGACAAUGAUGCAUACUGGACUCUCAACAUGAGAAGAGUGGAAGUUCCCACUAAGAUGCGUGUGGAGCGCUGGUCCUUCAGCUUAUUUGAGUUGCUGAGUGACCUCCGAGGGCGAGAUGAUUUCAAGAUCUUCCUCAAGAAGGAGUUCAGUGGUGAGAACUUGGCUUUUUGGGAAGCAGCUGAAGAACUGAAGUGGGGGACUGCAUCUUCCAUGUCAUCAAAAGCGGAGACCAUUUUCAAGACCUUCCUGGCCCCCGGCGCCCCCCGCUGGAUCAACAUUGAUGGCAGGACAAUGGGUUUGACAGUGAAAGGUCUGGAACAUCCUCACCGCUAUGUGCUGGAGGCAGCACAGACACAUGUCUUCUUGCUUAUGAAAAAGGACACUUUCUUCCGUUACCUCAAGUCACCUACUUACAAAGACAUCCAGAAGAAGGCACUGAACCCUGAACAGCACAACUUCAGUCCUGCCCAGCUGGAACAAAAUGCUCUGAACCGGAGCCCAGGCAUCCAUCCCAUCAUCCUCUGGCAGCAAGAAGAGGAGGAAAAGGCAAAGGCUGCUGCUGCUUCUGCUCCAGUAGAUGUCAAGGCCAUGAUGAGCAAGAUAGAUAGGAAGAAGUAGAAAAACACAGUGCAAGUGUGUUUUUGUGGGAGCACUUAUAUGUGUUCGAAGUACAGUCACAGAAAGCAGGACUCACUCACUGAUUAAUGGUAUCCUGUUUUAGUGAUUCUGAGUUAACCCAAUUUUAUAAUGAAGGAAAUCUUAAUGGGCUUUCAGGGCACAGAUUUGGAGAAACAUGACCUGAACCUUUGGCUGAAAUGGGCAAUAAGAUUUCCUGAAGGAAAGUCGCUCAUUUGAUUCCAAAGAGACACAAUAGAUGCUAAAAUGAAACAAAUAGAAGACUACUACUACUACUACUGCUAUUACACCCCCCCCCCCCCCCAAAAAAAAAACAAACAAACAAAACCCCCCACACAGAUAUGCAAAAGAAGAAACAACUAAACAAAAUACAUUUAAAAAAAGCAAAAUGGAGGAUUUUUUUUUCUGUCUGUGCCCAGGAGCCCGUUGUUUGUUGUAUGCUGGUUACACUUGAUUAUGUGAAUGAAAUACGGCCAUAGAAUGAGGUUGUAAACAUUAGAGUAGACAUAACAAAUUAAGUCACGUGUGUCUCAUGUUAAGUAAUCAAAUACAGGAUGCUUUUUUGGAAUAAAAUAUUAUUAUUUUACAUAUUACAUAAGCAGAUUUGUUCAAAACGGAACCUGUUUCUACUAGUUAGAGCCUUUUUUCAUGUAUAUUAUGUUUGGAUAGUUCUGAAAUAACACGUCUUACGAUUGUGAUUAUUGACUUGUAGCUGCCCAUAUGUACUGCUCAUGACAGUUUUGUUUCAGAUUCAAGUUUCAUUGUUACUAUACUUUAGUCACAGUCAUGUACAACAGUAUUUCAGUGCAUCUCAGCCUUUUUCUUUAUGGAGGCUUUGGAUAGUAUGAAAGUGUGGAUAAUUUUCCAAAAUUAAUAAAUGAGUUGAUCAUA